CUCACCCCGGGUUCUGGGCCGUCGGAAGCCUGGGGCUGCUCCCUGCAAGAGCCGCUGCCACGUCUGCGGGCCGGGCGAGUGGGGCCGUGCACCGGCCCUGGCCGCUGCCUCCCGGGCGAGGGGUGCGGGAUGGCGGCCCCGAGGUGCUGAGGUGGGCCCUGGCUGCGGAGCGGCGAUGGCGGCGCUGCUGCGGGCCCUACUGCUGGGCGCGGUGCUGCGCUGCGCGGCCGCGGCGCUGAUCCCUGCGGCUGACGUGAAGGUGGAGGUGCUGCAGAAGCCGUUCAUCUGCCACAGGAGGACCAAGUGGGGGGACAUGAUGCUGGUUCACUACGAGGGCUACUUGGAGAGGGAUGGAUCCAUGUUUCACUCCACUCAUAAGCAUAACAAUGGGCAACCUAUGUGGUUUACACUUGGCAUAAGGGAAGCUAUCAAAGGCUGGGACAAAGGUUUGAAGGACAUGUGUGUGGGAGAGAAGCGGAAGCUAACUAUUCCACCAGCCCUUGCUUAUGGGAAAGAAGGGAAAGGAAAAAUUCCACCUGAGAGUACACUGAUUUUCAACAUUGACCUUCUAGAAAUUAGGAAUGGACCACGAUCCCAUGAGUCAUUCCAAGAGAUGGAUCUUAAUGAUGACUGGAAACUGUCCAAGCAAGAGGUGAAAAUUUACUUGAAGAAAGAAUUUGAGAGGCAUGGAGCAGUGGUCAAUGACACCCAGCAUGAUGCUUUGGUUGAAGACAUAUUUGAUAAAGAAGAUGAAGACAGUGAUGGGUUUAUAUCUGCAAGGGAAUUCACAUACAAGCAUGAUGAGCUGUAGAAAAGGGUGGCAUAAUUUUUUUGACACAAAUGGCAGUGACUCAGACUGUCUGGUUCUCUUGUUGACUUAAUUCUGUGUUUUGGAGUUGACAGUUGCUGUCGGCAAAGAAACGCUAUUUGUUUAUAUAAAAGAAUUUCUGUUCAUUAUGGACAAAUGUUUUAAACUAUUUUGAAGUAUGGAAAUGUGCCUCCUUUUAUGCAGAAAAGACUUGCACAUCAGUUUUUUUUUAAUUUUGUAUUAACUUAUUUUUCAGAAAUGAAACAAACUUUACUGUUACCAAACAUUGUGAAAAUCAAAAUCCAGUUCAGUGCCUUUCUGUGAUUUGUUUGUGUGUUUAAGAUCACUUUCAGCGACUCCUUUAUGUAUGAUUUCUACUCUGGGGCUAAAUUACUUGCCCUUCCUUCUUGAGUGCCACUGGUUAAAAAGUAGUGUGCUGACCUUUUUUUCCUGCAGAUUUUAGAAAGAUGCACUAGAAAAGCAUCAGCAUCUCUUUAUACAGCUGAGAAACUGAUACAAAGUUGAAUGAGAUGAAUGACUACCCUGUCCUGAUUUUGCUCUUGAAAGUCUCUCUAAAGGUAAAGUAUUAGCAACCAAUAAUUGUCUGCAUUUUUCUUUAUAUUACAUGAACAAAAUAGGAGUUAAAUGUCAGACUUUCACUUUUAAUGUCAGCAAGAUUCUAGGAAAUGUCUGUAAUUUGGAAAAUAGCAAAUUAUGCUGCAGUGCAGAGGUGAUAUCCUUUACAUUUGUUUUGAAACUCAGAGCUUGCAUUCAUGAAGAAAGGUCAUACCAGUCCCUUCCAAGUUUUGAGGAAGAUGUUGAGCACAAUGUUACAAGUCUGAAGUUUUUCCCAUAUCCAGAAGGGGAAGAGCAUCCUGACAGGAGGAUCAGUAUGGCCUGAAGAACAGUCCGCAUUGGCUUGCCUGCUUUGUGACUGCCUGAGUUGCAGAACUUGUUUCGUCAUUCCCCUUUGCAGUAUUUGCACAAGUAGCACACAAAUGGUGUGAAUUUUAAAUAAUAAAGUGACUUUUUUUU